AAAAUUAGAAAUUCUGCGAAGAAGCAGAGGAGAGGGCGCGGAGCCGGCGGGCGCGUACUGUGUUGCUGUGCUUCAGCAACACCUUAAAGACGGCGUUCAACUCCUUCUCCUUCUCCUUCUCCGCGAACCCUUCUUACUAUCAAUGGCCGAAGAGAAGCAGAAAGGGGGGAAACCCACCAUUCCGCCCUACAUGAAGGCCAUUUCCGGAUCUCUAGGGGGAAUCAUGGAGGCCAGCUGCUUGCAGCCCAUUGAUGUCAUCAAGACUCGCCUUCAGCUCGACCGCUCCGGCACCUACAAGGGGAUCGCCCACUGCGGCUCCACCAUCGUCAAAAACGAAGGCGUCCGCGCUCUCUGGAAGGGCUUGACCCCCUUCGCCACUCAUCUCACUCUCAAAUACGCGCUUCGGAUGGGAUCCAACGCCGUCCUGCAGUCUGCCUUCAAGGACUCCCAGACCGGGAAUCUCAGUCCCUACGGGAGGCUUCUAUCCGGCUUCGGAGCUGGCGUCCUCGAAGCUCUCGUCAUCGUCACUCCUUUCGAGGUGGUGAAAAUCCGACUACAACAGCAGAGAGGUUUAAGCCCUGAGCUCCUGAAGUACAAGGGGCCUAUACACUGUGCCCGAAUGAUUGUUCGUGAAGACGGGAUUCGUGGUCUGUGGGCUGGGGCUGCCCCAACAGUUAUGCGAAAUGGGACCAACCAGGCAGCCAUGUUCACAGCCAAGAAUGCAUUUGAUACGGUAUUGUGGAAGAAACAUGAAGGUGAUGGGAGAGUCCUUCAGCCAUGGCAGUCUAUGAUUUCGGGUUUCCUUGCAGGGACAGCUGGCCCUAUAUGCACUGGACCUUUUGACGUUGUGAAAACGAGGCUGAUGGCUCAAAGCCGAUCAGCGGGUGAUAUGAAGUACAGAGGAAUGUUUCAUGCCAUCUCAACUAUAUACACCGAAGAAGGUAUACGUGCUUUGUGGAAGGGGUUGCUUCCCCGGCUUAUGAGGAUCCCGCCUGGACAGGCCAUCAUGUGGGCUGUUGCUGACCAAGUGAUUGGCUUGUAUGAGAGAAGACAUAUACAAAAUGCAGCGCUAUAGGUAGCUUGACAAUUACUCCAUUCUUUGCCAAGAGCUUGCUAGCUGUUUUGGCCACUUUAGAUUCCUUUAAAUUAUUGGUAAUCUCGAGUGAGGGACAGUUCUCUUGUCCCUGGCAAAUGGUAUGUGACUAGGCUGCACUGAGACUUCCUAAGUUUUGCUUGGAGCACCUGUUUCUUAGAGGCUCAAUAGAAGACUAUAGGAUUGCUGUAUUGUUUGUUUGUUUGUUUGUUUUUUUUUUUUUAAAUCAACAAUAAGAAAUUUCGUUCGAAACAA